AGAAAAUAAGUGAUUCUGUUGUGAGGCUUUAAACCCGUUACACUGGAUUUUUAAACGGCUGUAUAUUCUGUGAUAUACUUUUUUUUCAAUAAAAUAUCUGAAAUCAAUCACUCAACUUUUUGAGAAAAGGAAGUGGGAGGACGGUGCCUUUAAAAUGAGUUCUCCAUCUUCUGGAUCUAGCGCCAUGUCUAUGAAGAGUGAUCAAUCAGUGACGAAUGAUCCUGCUGAUUUAAUUGAUGGAACAGUGACCUCUGACCUGAGUAUCACCAGGAAAUGGAAAUCAGAGUCUCCAGAACCCAGCGGUGUGUCUGUAAAGAGUAACAGAUCCAUUGACCCACCCUUUAAUUUCAGUGAAGGAACAGAGACCUCUGACCUUACCAUGGAAGAGAAACAUGAGCUGAUUAGAUCUGUGUCGUUCUCUACAUCCCACCAAACCCACAUCAGACGGGACAAUUCUGAAUCAACCUUGAAGACACACACAUUGGAGACUGGAGACGUGCAGAGAGUCAAAGACCAGCACAAAAUCAGCAUGAAGAUCAACUAUAAGAUAUUAUUUGAAGGAACCAAACUCCAAGAGAAUGAAACCCUCCUGAACAGGAUCUACACACAGCUCUACAUCAUAGAGGGAGAGAGAGAAGGAGUGAAUGAAGAACAUGAGGUUUUACAGAUGGAGAAAACAGCCAGAACACAAGACACUCCAAUCUUCUGCAAUGACAUCUUUAAAGCCUCUCCUGAACCAGGACGCCAGGAGAAAGACCAAAUCAAGACUGUUCUUACUAAAGGCAUCGCUGGAAUCGGGAAAACCGUCUCUGUGCAGAAGUUCAUUCUGGACUGGGCCGAGGGAAAAGACAAUCAGGAUGUAGAUUUCAUGUUUGUGCUUUCAUUUAGAGAGCUGAACUUGAUCCGAGAUCAUCAGUACAGUCUUCAUAGACUUCUGCUGGUCCUUCAUCCUGAACUUCAAGAUCUGGACCCAAAGAUGUAUGAGGAGUGUAGAGUUGUGUUCGUCUUUGAUGGUCUGGAUGAAAGCAGAAUCACACUGAUGUUUUCAGACGCUCAGGAAGUUUCUGAUGUGACUGAGACUUCAUCAGUGGGUGUGUUGAUGUCAAACCUCAUUAAAGGAGAUCUGCUUCCCUCGGCUCUCAUCUGGAUCACCUCCAGACCAACAGCAGCCAAUCAUAUCCCCUCCAAAUACAUCAACCGUCUGACAGAGAUUCAGGGAUUCAAUGAUCCUCAGAAGGAGGAAUAUUUCAGGAAGAGAAUCAGUGACAAGCAUCAAGCCAGCAGAAUCAUCUCUCACAUCAGAAGAGCAAGAAGCCUCCACAUCAUGUGCCACAUACCCGUCUUCUGCUGGAUCUCCUCCACUGUGCUUCAGGGGCUCCUGGAAGAAGAUCUGAGUGCAGAAAUCCCUCAAACUCUGACUGAAAUGUACAUCCACUUCCUGCUGAUUCAGAUCAACAUGAGGAAUCAGAAGUAUGAAGAGAGAGAUCCAGAGAAACUCCUGCAGUCCAACAGAGAAGUGAUUGUGAAACUUGCUGAAGUGGCUUUCCAUCAGCUGAUGAAGGGCAAUGUGAUGUUCUAUGAGGAGGACCUGAUUGAGAGCGGCAUAGACGUCACUGACGCCUCAAUGUAUUCUGGGAUUUGCACUGAGGAGGAAUCUGUGAUUCAUCAGAGGAAAAUCUAUAGCUUCAUUCAUCUGAGCGUUCAGGAGUUUCUUGCUGCUUUCCAUGUGUUUUACUGCUAUGGAAGCACUGUGGAUACCCUUAAGGUUUUUGAUUCAAUGCAUAAUCUGCUUAGAGGAGCAGUAGAUAAAGCCCUUGAGAGUGAGAAUGGACAACUGGAUCUGUUCCUGCGGUUCCUGCUGGGCGUCUCACUGGAGUCCAAUCAGAGACUCUUACAGGAUCUACUGACACAAACAGAGAACAGCUCAGAGAGCAUCAGGAGAACCACACAGUACAUUAAAGAGAAGAUCAAAGAUGGACAUGGACUCUCCACUGAAAGAUCCAUCAAUCUGUUCCUCUGUCUGCUGGAAGUGAAAGAUCAGACUCUGUCCAGAGAGAUUCAGGAGUUUGUGAAAUCAGACAAACACUCAGAGAAGAAACUCUCUCCUGCUCACUGCUCAACAAUCGCCUACAUGCUUCAGAUGUCAGAGGAGGUGCUGGAUGAGCUGGACCUCAACAAAUACAACACAUCAGAUGAGGGGAGAAGAAGACUGAUACCAGCUGUCAUCAACUGCACUAAAGCUCUGCUUGUUGGCUGUUAUCUCACUCAGCAUUGUGAAACUGUGUUUCUGGCUCUACAAUCAUCAAACUGUGUUCUGAGAGAGCUGGAUCUGAGUAACAAUGACUUGGGGAACUCAGGAGUGAAGCUGCUCUCUGAUGGACUGAAGAGUUCAACCUGUCAGUUGGAGAUACUGAGGUUGUCUGGCUGUAUGGUGACAGAGGAAGGCUGUGGUUAUGUGUGUUCAGCUCUGAGUUCAAACCCCUCACACCUGAGAGAGCUGGAUCUGAGCUACAAUCACCCUGGAGAAUCAGGAGUCAAGCUGCUCUCUGACAAACUGAAGGAUCCAAACUAUAAACUGGAGAUAGUGAUUUUAGAUCAUGAAGGACAUUUCAGGAUCACACCAGGACUGAGAAAAUAUGCCUGUGAUCUCACACCGGAUCUAAACACAGCACACAGUCAACUCACUGUGAUUAAGGGGAACAGAGUUGUGGAGCACAACAAAGAGUGGAAACCGUAUGCUGAUCAUCCAGAGAGAUUUGAGCACCAUGAGCAGGUUCUGUGUAAAGAGAGUCUGACUGGACGCUGUUACUGGGAGGUUGAAUUGAGCGGUUCAGUUCAUGUAGCAGUGGCUUAUAAAGGAAUCAGCCGGAAAGAAGGGAGUGAGUCUAGGUUUGGACUCAAUGACAAGUCCUGGAGUCUCUUCUGUAGUAAUAAGGUUUACUCUUUUUGGCACAAUAGUAAAUGCAUUGAUAUAUCUGGUCCUUCAGCCCGCUCUAAUAGAGUAGGAGUGUAUAUGGACGUGUCUGCCGGCACUCUGUCCUUCUACAGCAUCUCUGACACACACACACUCACACUCUUACACACAACCUCUGCCACAUUCACUGAACCCCUCUAUGCUGGAUUUGUAAUUUAUCCAGAUUCUUCUAUGUCUCUGUGUUAGGAACCAUACUUUAAACAAAAAAAAAGAUAUGGAAAAAAGAAAAUUGUAACUUUAUUAUUUGGAAUUGUAACUUUCUUUCUCACAUGUGUGAGAUUUAUAGGUGCAAUUCCAAAAAAUAAAGUUGCAGUUAUAGGGCCCUAUUACACACCAGUGCAAUGAUGAGGCUGCUGGUCUGAAAAAGAGGUGUGUGUUCAGACGCAUUGUUGCGUUUUUUAUGGAACUGAAAUAGACUAAGCCAUUGACCAACUGAAACCUGGUCUGAAGUCAAUGGCACAAUAUCUUUUUUUGUUAUUUAAAUAAUGCGUUAGUAAUAACUAUAGGCGGGACCACAACGCACACGUGUACACUCUGCUUAGAACACAAAUAAAAGGAUUACAAUGUAAAAUAUUAACAUUGUGAACAUAAAGAUAUGCACACACAGCUUUAACUUUCUUUCUAGAGAAGCGUUCAGUCUUACCACUUGCAAAUUUCACCAUGUAAAUAGCGAAUCCGCCAUGACGCGAGCGCAACUGGCAUUUAAAGGGAAUGGGAGAUGAGACCCUGAUUGGUUUAUUGCACGUUACACCCAGAACACACCCAUUACUCAAUAAGAGAAUAGGGACAACCCUUUAGACUAUGGGCUGCACGCGCCAACCAUUUUUCCCGUCGCUAAACUAGCAAAAGUGAUUUCGUACACCAUAAGUGCACUUGAGCCCUGCGCUUUAGACCAUGCGCUUAUAUCAUUAAAAUGUCAGAUUGUAAUAUACAUUUACUUUGUGAGAUACAAAGUCACAGUUACUGUAUGAGAAAAAGUUGUAAUUAUGAGAUACAAAGUCAGGAAUUUCAAGAUUUAAGAAUAUAUUACAUUCUUUAUUACAUUCAUAUUACAUGCUCUGUGUGAUACUUGAUUCUGCUCUCUUGUUAUCGCUCCCACCUCACGUGCUGGAGACGCAGAUUUAGACCCGCUCAACAAUUGGUCAAGCAGCAAGUUACGUCACAGGAAACACACCCCUGAGCGGUGCGAGACCAGAGAUAUACGGUUCUUUUCUUGAAAAUUGUAGAUGUUUUUUACUUUUAAUUGUAUAAAACUUUCUUUGCUCAGCUUUGAUGGUGUAAAAUCCUGAAGAUCAACUGCCACAGUGUAAACAACAGAUUUGUCACAUUGUCCAUUACUGGGCUAACGAAUGAAUCAAUGGACUAUUAAAAAUAUUUUGUGAAGAUUGGCUUCAGAAUGGCUAUUUCUGAUAAAUGUUUUGUUUUUUUUACACUCUAAACACUUUUAAACCACUGUUAAUUAAUAUGUGCUAAUUUUUUAUCCUAUUUAUAAAGUGGGAAAUAACCUUUUCAUAUUUUUUUUUCUGACAUCCUAAUCUUUGCCACCUCUUCUCUGAAGUUUUCAGGUAUCAGGUGUGGUCGGAUUCUUGUUGUGUGUGAGUCAGUAUUCAUCAGGGUCAAAGGUCAUGGGCUUUAGAAACACUCUGGGCUCUUUAUUUGGUGAUUUAAUUUAGUGUAACUUUAUAAAAGCUACUGUAGAUGUCGUCACUGUUUCAGAGGAUCCACAGGCUCAGUUUCAUCCUACUGGAUUGUCACAAACUGUUACUGGAACGUCAGUGUGUUUUCUCCCUGAUCAAUAUAUUAUGUAGAUAAAAUAACCUCUGAAAUAAAUGUCUGUAACAAUGAAAUGUAAAGCCAUUUUGGCUCUUUGUUUUAACACUUGUCUUUAUGAAAUUAUGUUGCUACAACUGUUAUUCUUAUUGAUUAUAUUUUCCUUGAUCUAGUUGUUUUGCUACCUUGACAUUUAAUGUUGUAAUUUUAAAUUUGUGUU